AAAGUUAUAGUACAAGACUACAAACUAAGGGGAGCACAAAAAUCUCAUGAUGGAAGCAAAGUUGUUAGUGUUGCUAAUUACUAUUAUUAUUAGCACUAAUAGCUUAAGCAAUGGGGUUAAUGGUGAAAGUAUUACAAGUAGUUAUGUGAGGGUAGAUCCUCCAUCUACUGAUAUUCCUCUUGAUGAUACAAUCUUUGCUGCUCCUGAGGCCUACAAUGCUCCACAACAGGUGCACAUUACACAAGGAGAUUAUGAUGGAAAGGCAGUUAUAAUCUCAUGGGUGACACCACAUUUACAUGGGUCACACACUGUGUACUAUGGAACAGAACAAGGUAAAUAUACCCUCAAAGCAAAGGCAUUCAAUACUAGCUACAGCUUCAAGGGCUACAAAUCUGGACAAAUUUAUCAUUGUGUUGUUGAUGGGUUGGAGUAUAACACCAAGUACUACUACCAAAUUGGUAGUGGUCCUUCUCACCGUGAAUUUUGGUUCAAAACGCCUCCAGAGGUUGGUCCAGACUCUCCAUACACGUUUGGACUAAUUGGUGAUUUAGGGCAAACAAAGAACUCGCUUUCCACCUUGCAACAUUACAUGAAAGGCGGUGAAGGGGAAACCGUGUUGUUUGUAGGAGAUCUUACUUAUGCAGAUAGGCAUAUCGAUGUUCCACACGAGGUUGGCUUGAGAUGGGAUACUUGGGGCCGCCUCGUUGAGCCUAGCACUGCUUAUCAACCCUGGAUUUGGACUACUGGAAACCAUGACAUUGACUACUUUCCUCAAUUGGGGUUAAUUGGAAAUUUCCUGCAAUUCAAAACUAGGUACCUUUCACCAUUCAUGCAUUCCGGGAGUACAGAUCCUCUUUGGUACGCAAUCAGGCGUGGGCCGGCUCACAUUAUCGUGCUCUCUAGCUACUCCGGUUUUGUAAAAUACUCCCCGCAAUGUAGGUGGUUAGAGGAAGAGCUUAAGAAAGUUGACCGGAAGAAGACACCAUGGUUGAUUGUAGUAAUGCACGUUCCACUCUACAACUCUAACACUGCUCAUUACAUGGAGGGCGAAAGCAUGAGAUCUGUUGUCGAGCAAUGGUUUGUAGACUACAAGGUCGACGUUGUUUUUGCUGGACAUGUUCAUGCUUAUGAGAGAUCGCAUAGAGUGUCAAAUUUGAAGUACAACAUUUCAAAUGGUGAAUGUACUCCUGAAUUGGAUGAAUCAGCUCCCUUUUACGUAACUAUUGGAGAUGGUGGCAACUCCGAGGGAAUUGCGGGAGAGUACAUAUCUCCUCAACCACAUUAUUCAGCAUUUCGUGAACCAAGUUUCGGGCAUGCCAUAUUGGAUAUCAAGAACAAAACUCACGCUUUCUAUUAUUGGCAUCGCAAUCAAGAUGGCAACAAAGUUACUGCUGAUUCAUUUGUGCUGCACAAUCAAUACUGGAUGUCAAAGUCGCGUCAAACUCCUAUAUACACUGCUUCUAUAUAAGGACAAGUUAAAUCCAAAAGAAUUCGGAGCUCUUUUGGAGGAAAAAUCUUGUGGAAGUCGUAUGAAUAAGGAUUUAAUAAGGUCUCUUGAAGACAUUUUAUAUUCUAGUUUCUAGUUCUUUCCCAAAAAAAAAAGAAAAAAAGUUGACUUUAAUUGAAAUUAUUGUAAGUUACAAAUCGAGAAAUAGUUACUAUUUUGGUUUGUGUCACAUUGUAUGAAACUCGGGCUUAUUUCUAAAUAACUACAGAGUAUAUCAAAAUUAAACUUCUAUUAUAUAAUUAAAAUUUGUGCCUUCGUUAUA